AGCUGAUGGCGGUUGUAAAACAUAUAUAAUCCUCUUUAUAAUACUCAGUCAAGUGUCAAGGAGGCGGAGCCGAGAUGCUCAAGUGCCUCAGCCAGGCACACCUCCUUGCCCGCCCUCACUCACGUACAGUGCCCUAUAUGUCAGCCAAGGAGGGGCUGGAAGGAGAAGAACAAGCAAGGAGGCGUGUCUGGUUGUGGCACUUGAGAAGCUUGGCUCCGCCUCUUUGACACUUGGCUGAACCAUCACUCUCGCCCCCUGUCUCGCCCCAAGAAAGGGACAGAUGAAAAGGGCUGCAAGAUUAGACUACACAGGGAUUGUUUGUUGUCUGUUACCAUGGAGACGCAUACGUCUGCAUAGCGACUGCAGAUAUUCUGUGUAUUGAACUUUGGACCAGCUCAAAAUUUUGAGAAUCGUCAACAGUCAGAGAUAUCACAGCAGAGGAGCGGGCGAUGACAGUGCAGCAGGUGAUGUAAGGUAGGUCCAUGGCUAAAUCAAAAGUAUAUACUUUGGAGACAGAACUUCAGACCAUGGGCUCAACAUCAGGAGACGUUUUGGUCGAGAAAGAAAAAGAGAAUGAAGAACUUAACAUCUUCGAGAAGUUUAUCCAACCAUGUCUAGUGGAGCUUCUGGGAUGUGUUCUCUUCAUUUCCAUCGGAUGUCUCUCCGUGCUGGUCAAUCCCACUGAGGCUGGACCUCUGCUGCCGGCUCUCGCUCAUGGCCUGGCAUUAGCCAUCAUCAUCUCUGUUCUUGGCAAAAUAAGUGGUGGACAUUUCAAUCCGGCCGUCACUCUGGGUGUAGUCAUUUCUGGUGGAAUGACUCCCAUUCUCCUGGUACCCUAUUGGGUGUGCCAACUAGCAGGGGGGAUUCUGGGAGCUUUGUUGGCCAAGGGUUUGGCCGAUGAGACAUCCUAUGUGAAUCAGACAGGGGCGGUCUGUAUGCUAAACAACGAGACCUCAGUGGGCAAAGCCAUCGGAGUUGAAAUAGUCUUCAGUUUUUUUCUGGUCUUUGUUGUGGUGAUGGGAGCGGUGGGAGAGCGUAGCCGGACACCACUGGCCCCUUAUUCUAUUGGGUUCACUGUGGUAACUGGAAUUUUGACAGGAGGUUCCAUAUCAGGAUCCUGCUUGAACCCUUCGCGGGCUCUGGGCCCAGCAGUCGUAGCUGGUUACUGGGAUUACCACUGGGUGUACUGGGUGGGUCCUGCCUCUGGGGCAAUCAUUGUGUCUCUUAUAUACAGGUUUCUACUGGCAGGAAAGUCCCAUCGACUAUUCCUAAAAUGAUGACAGUAAAAAAACUGGACAUAGAUCAAGACAUACACACAAGUAUGGGGACCGCAAAGCUGAUGACAUCCUAUGACCCAGUAUUAUAGUACAAUGGAGAAUGGAAUCACUGUCCCAGCCCCCACACAUUGAC